AUGGCCACCCUCGCAGGGGAACACAACACGGCCCCGAACGGGACCGAGUCCAUCUCCGAGUCCUCCCAAUCCUACGGCAAGCCCGCUUCCAGAAACGGCCCACCAGAGACGAUCAAGGUCGACGGCAACAAAUCUUUGACUCUAACCUCGGAGAAUCUCCUUCUGAAUGCACCCUCGACGCAAACCGUCCCCUUAUACAACGUCCUUUGGGCCGAACAGACGGGAGAGGCCCUCACGAUCGACUAUGCGAAACAGGCCGGCAAGCAGCAAGUACAGGCCGCCAAAUGGACGUUUACCCUCAACGACGUGGAGGGCUCGGAUGUCAAGUCCUGGAUCGAUACCCUCAUGAGAAAGGCAUACGGCCCGGCAAAACUAUGCAAGAGAGCCAAGGUCUUGGUUAACCCGCAUGCUGGACCGGGAGGCGCGGAAAAGAAGUGGCGCGUAGACGUCGAGCCUCUGUUCAAGGCGGCGCGCAUGCCCAUGGACGUGGAGCACACCACCUACUCAGGCCAAGCUGUUGAGGUUGCGCGGGAAGUCGACGUGGAUGCGUUUGACACAAUCGUCACCUGCUCAGGCGACGGUCUGGCUCACGAGGUAUUCAAUGGUCUGGGCCAGCGGCCCGAUGCGUCACAAGCACUGCAGAAAAUUGCAGUCUCUCACAUUCCCUGCGGCUCGGGUAACGCGAUGAGCUGCAAUCUCUACGACUCGUAUCGACCAUCAAUCUGCGCUCUCGCCAUCAUCAAGGGAGUUGAGACACCAAUGGACCUGGUCAGCAUCACACAGGGCGACCGACGCACCCUCAGUUUCUUGAGUCAGGCCCUUGGCGUAGUGGCCGAGAGCGACCUAGCCACCGAGCACUUGCGGUGGAUGGGCGGCGCGCGCUUCACCUGGGGCUUCCUGGUUAGGAUAUUCGAAAAGAAGUGCUACCCUUGCGAUUUGGCUGUGAAGGUUGAGAUCGAGGACAAAGCGGGCGUCAAGAAGCACUACAAGGAGUACACGCGCAGCGCAUCGGUACCGCAUUCGGGUGCCAGCGAGCCUCCGAGAACGGAGAGUGCUGAUGCUGUUUCGAGUCCUUUCGGUGACCAGGAGGGACUGCCGCCUUUGAGAUUCGGCACCGUCAACGAUGCUCUGCCAGACGGAUGGGAACUGAUACCACAUGACAAGAUGGGCAACUUUUAUUGCGGAAAUAUGGCAUACAUGGCCGCCGACGCCAACUUCUUCGCCGCUGCUCUCGCCAAUGACGGUCUGAUGGACCUUGUCUGCAUCGACGGAGACAUGUCAGUCGGCGCCCAACUGAGCAUGCUCAUGUCUGUAGAGAAUGGAAAAUUCUUUGACAACUCUUUGGUAUCGUAUCGCAAGAUUUCCGCCUACAGGAUCAUUCCAAAGAACCAGAAAGACGGCUACAUCAGUAUCGACGGUGAAAAGGUGCCGUUUGAGCCCUUUCAGGCCGAGAUUCACCACGGUCUGGGCAGGGUCAUUUCGAAGCGCGGCAAGUACGAAGCUCCAGGUCCAGUGGGCUGGGAGAAGAUGUCCCUAUCCUAA